CUUCUACCCACGCCUGCCCUCGGAAGAAAUUCUUUCACUCUUCCUCUCCCCAAAAUCAACAACAAUAACGCUCAACCCAUUCGGAUUCUUUUGUUUCCAAAAAACUCAUCACCUCACUUACAUCAAUUCGCAUCGCGUCAGCUUCCUUUGCAGUUUCAUCACUGAAUUACCCCCUUCACUGCCCUACCCGCUAUUCCCUCUGGUUACGCGCGCGUCGCUUCGCUUCGCCGAGACCUCCACAUCAUCAUAACAUCACCCAAUUCAUCACAAUCGCCUGUCGACCAUGCCCCCCAAGGCCGCGAAUAAAAAGGCCGCUGCGCCCAAGGCCAGCGCGCCUAAGAAGGCUCCUACCAACACUGCCGCUGCGACGAAGAAGGCUGCUGAGCCGACCAAGAAGACUGCUGCGAAGCCCGCCGCGAAGAAGGACGCGACUACUAACGGCGCGACCGCCGCCUCCAAGCGCAAACUCGCUGAGGAAGAGGACGAGGUUGACGAGUCCGCUGACGAGUCCGCCGAGGAGGAUGAGAAACCUGCGAUCAAGAAGACUGCUAAGAAGGCAGUCGAACCAGCCGCGAAGAAGACCAAGACUACUACUGCUGCUGCUAAGAAGAAGGCCGCUGCUGCUGAGGAGACCGAAGAUGAGUCCAAGACCAAGAAGCCUGUGAAGAAGGCCACUGCCAAGAAGGCCGAGCCCAAGAAGGCUGCCGCCGCGAAGAAGGCCGAUACCAAGGCUCCUGCCGCAAGCAAGAAGCGCAAGUCUAGCGAAGAAGAGCCAGAGGACGAGAAGCCCAAGGCGAAGAAGUCCAAGACCGACGAUGCUGAGAUCGACAGUCAGGCCACCGAGUCCGCCAAGGCGACGGAAUCUGCCGACGAGGAGCCCAAGGCCGAGAAGCCUGUGAAGGCUACCAAGAAGACUGUCACCGCUGCCCCCAAGCCCCCUCCUGCUCAUCCCCACAAGAUUGGCAAGAAGAUCAACUCUGCCCCUACACAGGUCCUUGACGUCUACGUCUUUGGCGAGGGCUCUUCUGGCGAGCUGGGUCUCGGCAGCAAGAAGCUUGACGGCAAGAAGGUCGUUGAUGUCAAGCGCCCUAGACUUAACCCCCUUCUCUCUGCCAAGGACGUUGGUGUUGUUCAGAUUGCCUGCGGCGGCAUGCACGUGGCUGCGCUGACCAAGGACAACAAGAUCCUCACCUGGGGCGUAAAUGACCAGGGCGCCCUUGGCCGCGACACCAACUGGGACGGCGGACUACGCGAUGCCGAUGCUGAGGAAGAAGAGGAGGACGAGGAUGAUUCGGGCAUCAACCCUCGCGAGAGCACGCCCACUGCUCUCGGCGCUGAGCAUUUCGCUCCGGAAGCCAAAUUCACUCAGGUUGUGGCUAGCGACAGCGCCACCUUCGCUCUGACGGAGGAUGGCAGAGUCUAUGGAUGGGGCACGUUCAGAUCGAGUGAUGGUAUUCUCGGUUUCACCGACAAGAUCCAGAUCCAAAAGACACCCGAGUACCUUCCCACUCUCAAGAAUAUCACGGCUCUUGCUGCCGGCUCCAAUCACAUUUUGGCUCUCGACGACAAGGGUGUUGUCGUUGCUUGGGGCUGCGGUCAGCAGAACCAACUCGGACGUCGCAUCAUCGAGCGCAACAAGCUUUCGUCGCUCAUCCCUCAGAGCAUGGGUAUCCCCAAGGGCAAGGUCGACCGCAUCGCCUGCGGUUCCUACCACAGCUUCGCCUUGGCCAAGGACGGUCGCGUUUGGGCUUGGGGUCUGAACAACUUUGCUGAAACCGGUAUCGAGAUGGGUGCCGGCGAGGACGAUGCCGUCGUCCUGAGACCCACGAUUGUUGAGGCUCUCAAGGACUACAAGGUCAAGCAGAUUGCCGGCGGAGAGCACCACUCUCUUGCCUGCACCGAAGACGGCAAGCUCCUGACGUGGGGUCGUCUAGACGGCAACCAGGUCGGCAUCCCCGUGGAAGAGCUCCCUGCGGACAGCGUCAUUAAGGAUGAAAGCAAUAACCCUCGUAUCCUCUCUAAGCCGACUGUUGUUGAGGACAUUGCCAAGUGUGUCUAUGUCGCUGCCGGCGUCGACAACAACUUUGCCAUCGACAACAAGGGCGAGGCCCACUCUUGGGGCUUCUCUGCCAACUACCAGACCGGCCAGGGCACGACUGAAGACAUUGAGACCCCGACCACCAUUGACAACACUGCCGUUCGUGGCAAGAAGCUUGUCUUCGCUGGCGCUGGUGGCCAGUACUCCAUUUUGGGCGGCGUUGCCGAUGUUCCCAAGGUCAACGGUUUCGCAGCAGUCGCAGCCAGCCAGCCGGCGACUGGUGGCUUCAGACCCGUGUUCUAAGUUUCGUUUGCGAGCGAUCAUCUAGUUCAUGACGGCACAGCUUCUACAGCCCCCUGGUGGGAGUAUGCGGGUAUGACUGGUGGAGUCUACACAAGAACACAUUUGAUGGACGAGUUGGAACCGGCGCCACAAGAGGAACCCGGGCGCGGAUACGUGAGAGCCAGACGGGAGGCGGCACCAUUUUCAGAGUUGAGACAUUUUUCCCGGCUCAUUUUCCAGCAUGAGCGUUUUCCCUCUUUGUCACGGCAUAUUCGCACGAUAUUUUGGUUUUCGGUUUAGGGUUUUCAAGUGUCCGAUGAAGCGGGCUUAUAUUAUAGACUUUUCCUUCGAUGAGAGCUGCAGUGACGCUCCCGCAUAGCAUGGACAGGACGGAUUGGUGGAUAUGAGAGACGGCCUCGAGGAAAGUCAGACUUUUUAUGAUACCACGGGGGAUUCCGGCUCGUCAAGCCUCGUCCUAUUAGCGUGUGCCCGACGGGGGGUGUAUCAUCACAGUAAGGCUCUUGGUUAUUGAGGAGAUGGAUGGUCUCUUGUAAUACUACGUUUGGCUGCGGGCCUCUUUUCCCCCACUUGUGCGUUGUUUUCCUCUUCUGCACUCGUGUGUACAACAAGAAGGUGAAUGACCAUGGCGGAGUUCGGGGAUUAUAUAUUUCCUCUCUCUUCACACAGCAGAACAAGGAAGGAAAAUAGGAGAGGGGGGGUUGGAUUCUCGAGAGAUUUAUUCUGG